AUGUCCUCAUGUACACGCCGUGACUCGUUUAAACCCACUUUCUUGAAUUUCCGACGAACCCAAUGCCGACACUCGUUGACCGAAUAGCCGUCGGCCGAUACCAAGAUGAGGUGCAACACCCCAGCGCCAUCAAGGCGUUUGUGGCGGAGUUCAUAAGUACCCUCAUCUUCGUGUUCGCCGGACAAGGCUCUGGAAUGGCUUUCACCAAGCUCACCCAAGGUGCUGCAACCACUCCGGCUGGACUAGUUGCAGCGGCACUAGCCCAUGCUUUUGGCUUGUUUGUGGCUGUCUCAGUCGGAGCUAACAUCUCCGGUGGCCAUGUCAACCCCGCAGUUACUUUCGGUGCUUUCGUUGGUGGCAACAUCACUUUGCUCCGUGGAAUCUUUUACAUCAUCGCACAGCUCCUCGGCUCCACCGUCGCUUGCUUGCUCCUCUUCUUCUCCACCGGCGGUUUGACAACUGCUGGAUUUGCAUUGGGGGCUGAAGUAUCAGUAUGGAACGGAUUCGUGUUCGAGAUUGUGAUGACUUUCGGGCUAGUUUACACGGUGUACGCCACCGCAGUGGACCCUAAGAAGGGAGACAUCGGCACAAUAGCACCAAUUGCUAUCGGUUUCAUUGUUGGAGCUAAUAUUCUUGCCGGUGGUGCGUUCACCGGAGCUUCCAUGAACCCCGCCGUUGCGUUUGGUCCGGCCGUCGUCAGCUGGGACUGGACCAACCACUGGGUUUACUGGGCAGGACCCAUCAUCGGCGGUGGUCUUGCUGGUCUUGUUUAUGAGCUUCUGUUCAUCGGCCGUUCUCACGAGCCAAUUCCCGCUUCUGAGUAUUAGUUCGAGUCAUUGCUAGCGAUGGGUCUUGAGUUUCUGUUUCGCAUGUAAUUUAUUUGUUGUUUGUGUCUUUUUUUUUUUUUUUUUCUCCUUUUGAGGUUUGUGUUGUACGCUUGAUUUUGUAUGAAUCAUCAUAAAAAGAUCAAGAGUUUUUCAAA